GGUGGUGACAUUUGCUUCAACUCCGUUCCCAUCUCUCCCCUCCUGGGGCAGGAGAUAGUUGAUCGGAGAACUUUACCUUGCCUGUGGGCAUCCAUUUGAUACAUUAUAUCCAGCUCUAACUUCUCAGUACUCUGGCUUUCUUCAUGAAGGGAACAUGAAAGAAGAAAGAGCUGCUGAGUUGCAGAAAAAUAUGACACAGGACUCAGUGGUCUUUGAGGAUGUGGCUGUGGACUUUACCCAGGAGGAGUGGGCUUUGCUGGAUCUUGCUCAGAGGAACCUCUACCGAGAUGUGAUGCUGGAAAACUUCCAGAACCUGGCCUCAUUAGGGUAUCCACUCCACACGCCGUAUCUGAUCUCCCAGUGGAAACAAGAGGAGGACCUGGAAACAGUGGAAAGAGGACCUAUCCAGGGGGAGCACCAGGAAGGUUUUGAGACUCAACUUAAAACUAGAGAAUCAGUUACUCCACAAGAUACUUAUGGACAAAAAAUAUCCAAUGAACAGAAAAUAGUUAGAUUCAAAAGGAAUGAUUCUUCGUCAUCCAUUUUACACAAAAAUGGGGAAUACCGGGGUAUUUAUUAUCAGAACAAAAACCGUGAGAGACAUUUGAGAAGCCCCGUGGUGGAGAACAUCAAUGAAUACAGUGAAGAAAAUCGGCGUAGACAAACCUUCAGCCAAAUCUCACAUCUGAAUAUACUGAAGAGAACUACUGAAGUAAAGUCCUAUGAAUGCCGCGAGUGUAAAACGGCCUUCACAGAUCAUUUAUCCCUUAAAAAUCACAUCAGGUCUCACGCUGGAAGCAAACCCUAUCAGUGUAAAGAAUGUGGGAAAGCUUUUCAUUUUCUUGCUUGUUUUAAGAAGCAUGUGAAAACUCCCACUGAAGGGAAACCCUAUGAAUGUAAGGAGUGUAUGAAAGUCUUCGCUUGUUCUUCAUUCUUUAGGGCACAUAUGAAGAUUCACACUGGAAAGACGAACUAUGAAUGUAAAGAAUGUGGAAAGACCUUUAGCUGUUCUUCAUCCCUCACGGAACACAAAAGGAUUCAUAGUGGAGAUAAGCCUUAUGAAUGUCGGGAAUGUGGGAAGGCCUUUAGUUGUUCCUCCUCACUCUCCAAACACAAGAGGAUUCAUAGUGGAGAUAAGCCAUAUGAAUGUAAGGAAUGUGGGAAGGCCUUUAGUUCUUCCUCUCACCUUAUAAUACACAUAAGAAUUCAUACUGGAGAGAAGCCUUACGAAUGUAAAGAGUGUGGGAAGGCCUUCAGUGAGUCCUCAAAACUCACUGUCCACGUCAGAACACACACAGGAGACAAACCAUAUAAAUGUAAGGAAUGUGGGAAAGCCUACAAUUGUCCCUCCUCCUUAAGUAUCCACAUGAGAAAACACACUGGAGAGAAACCCUAUGAAUGUCUGGAAUGUGGAAAAGCCUUCUAUCUUCCCACUUCCCUGAAUACACACGUGAAAAAUCAAAGUAGAGAGAAACCCUAUGAAUGUAAGGAAUGUGGAAAAGCCUUCAGUUGUCCCUCAUCCUUCAGAGCACACGUGAGAGAUCACACUGGAAAGAUACAAUAUGAAUGUAAGGAAUGUGGGAAGGCCUUUAGCCGUUCUUCAUCCCUCACGGAACAUUUAAGAACUCACAGUGGAGAGAAGCCUUAUGAAUGUAAGGAAUGUGGGAAAGCCUUUAUUAGUUCCUCCCACCUUACAGUACAUAUAAGAACUCACACUGGAGAGAAACCUUAUGAAUGUAAGAAAUGUGGAAAAGCCUUCAUUUAUCCCUCAGCCCUUAGGAUCCACAUGAGAACACACACUGGGGAGAAGCCCUAUGAAUGUAAGGAAUGUGGGAAAGCCUUUCGCCAUUCUUCAUACCUUACUGUCCAUGCAAGAAUGCACACUGGAGAGAAGCCCUUUGAAUGUCUGGAGUGUGGGAAAGCCUUCAGUUGUCCCUCAUCCUUUCGAAGACAUGUAAGAAGCCACACUGGAGAGAAACCCUAUGAAUGUAAGGAAUGUGGGAAAGCCUUUGUGUGCCCUGCCUACUUUCGAAGACAUGUGAAAACUCACAGAGAGAAAAUACAUAAAUGUCAGAAAUAUGGGAGUGUCUUCAAGGCAUUUUCACAUCCUCCGUCUAACGUUGCGGAGAUACCCUAUGAAUGUAAGAAAGCAGGAAGUUGUUGCUUACCUGUUUGAAGACGCGAGAACUCACAGCUGAGAGAAACCUGUGUAUGUAAACCUUGUGGUAAUACCUUCAGUGAACAUCACUUAACUGUGGAUAAGGAAACUUAACUAGAAGCGCAGAUCAGUGACUCACCUUGAAAGUGGACUGCUGGCUCAUUGAUUUUCACUUUCUGUUUUCUGGUGUGAAUAUUUAAAGUGAUAAGUUUUCCUCUAAUACUUCUUCAGCUCUAACCAUGCUUAAAUUGUGAGGUACUUUUAUUUGGGCUGAGAUGUAAAUGUUCUUCAUAACAAAAUCUUUUGGACCCAUAAGGGGAUUUGAGGUGUUUUUCAUAGGCAGGCAGGAGUGUUUUUUUUUUUUUUUUUUAAUUAGUUUCUAAUUAAUGCUCAUUGUUCUCCAAGUAUAUGAUCAUUAUGGUAUCAACACUUUGGUAUUUGUGAUUUCUUUUGUAAUUUUUUUCUUGUAAUUGGUAGUUUCAUUUUGAUCCAGCAUGGUAGAUACUGGAAAUUGCCUACUCGGUAUUUUUUUCUUUUCUCUUUUUUCUUUUUUCAUACUUAUUUAUUUUGGGGAGAGCGCAAGUAGGGGAGGGGCACAGAGAAGAAUAGAGUAUCUGAA